CGCUACCGUUAACACCACAUCAAGAAAAAGUCGCGUAAAAUAAUUAACGAGGAUACGAGUAUCGAGCAGACAAGUAGGCACAAUUAAAAAACAUCGAAACGGGCAAACAGUAAAUUCUUGAAUAGUGCCAUGUAAAAUUGGUCGCAAAAAAGAAAUAUAGACAAGACGACAAACUUGGAAAUAAACGACACCUUUUUUUGGUAGUAAAACGGAUUUGAAAAAGCGAAUGUGUGUGUGCUUAUGAGCGCGUGGAUUUAGUAUUCCGAAAGAUGAUGAAAUCCAACACUACGACACCAACGUCCAAAGAGAAGUCAAAUUCAGUUCUUACGCUAGUCGAUAUCAAUUCACGCACAAACCUCACUGAAAAGCUACAGCUUAGCGAUGAGUACCUUCCUUCGAACUAUCGCGACCAAGUCAAUGGGCAGUCGACAAGUGGCGCGUUUAUUCAUUUGCUGAAAGGUUCGUUAGGUUUCGGUCUUUUAGCAAUGCCAAUGGCCUUCUCCAAUGGCGGUAUGCUGUUCAGCUGGAUUGCUACACUGGUGGUGGGCAUCCUCUGUACGCAUUGUGUGCACAUAUUGGUUAAAACAUCACAAGAUAUCUGCAAGACGAAUAAAAUACCUGCUUUGAGUUUUUCUGAAACCACCGAAAUGGUCUUUACAAAGGGUCCAAUGCCAUUGCGCGCAUGGUCGGUUUUUGCAAGACGUUUCGUUGAUGGCAGUCUAAUGGCCACAUACUUUGCAGCAGCUUGUGUUUAUAUAGUUUUUAUUGCCACUUCGUUUCACGAUGUCAUCAACUAUGACACCGGCCUGAAAUGGAAUGUGCGUAUAUACAUCGCCUUGACUUUAAUACCUUGCCUAUUAAUUGGUCAGAUAAGAAAUCUAAAAUGGCUGGUGCCCUUCUCAGCCAUGGCUAAUAUUUUCAUAGUGGUCACAUUCGGCAUAGUGUUGUACGACUUAUUCAGCGAACCGUUGGUGCUCGCAGAUAAACCACUGAUUGCAAAAACCACACAGAUACCGCUCUUCUUUGCCACUGUCAUAUUCGCUAUGGAGGGUAUUGGCUCAGUUAUGCCCAUUGAAAAUGCCAUGAAGAAACCACAACAGUUCCUUGGCUGUCCUGGCGUGCUAAAUUCAGCUAUGAUCACCGUGGUCGCAUUGUAUUCGGUUAUUGGAUUUUUAGGUUAUGCACGUUAUGGCAGUGAAGUGCGCGGCAGCAUAACAUUGAACUUGAAGGAUGGUUCGCUUUUAGCUGACAUUGCGAAAGUGCUGAUAUCCGUUGCCUCACUUUGUGCCUAUGGACUGGUAUUCUACAUACCCAUGGAAAUUCUCUGGAAAAAGCUCAGCAUCAAAUUCGAAGAAAGAAAUCAUAACAUCGCACAGAUAAUUUUACGUACGUGUGUUAUACUGAUUAGUGGUGUCAUUGCCGCAGCUAUACCCAAUCUGGAACCGUUUAUCAGUCUUGUUGGUGCCGUCUUUCUCUCACUACUGGGUUUUUUUGUACCCAGCGUUUGCGAGACUGUAUAUUUGUGGCCCGAUCGCUUGGGCUGGUGCAAAUGGAAAUUGUACAAGAACAUACUGCUGAGUGCCUUUUCGAUAUGUGCUCUAGUCGCAGGCUCUGUAGCGAGUAUAAACGAAAUCAUUGAAAUGUAUAGCUCGUAGGCAAACACAAUGUGAUAUGUAUAGAAGGGGAAAACAUGAUCGUAGUAUAAGUAUAAAAAUAUUUAGUAUUUAUUAUAGGCGCAACUACUUCAAAAAUUAUUUAACAAUAGAAUAUCUACUUAAAACUAAUAUUUACCAAAGAUUUUAAUAUGAAAAUAUUGAACAAACAAUGAAACAAUUUGAAAGGAAAUGAAGAAUUUAAAAACAAGAUUAUGAAACUACGGUACUAAUAACCAAGAAUUAAAAAUGAAGUAAAAUAAAUGUUUAAUUAAUAAAUAUAAAUAAC